ACGAGAYCUGCUUCUUCACUUUGCGUUGGGACUAUUUUCAACGUUUUGUCCUGGUAAAGUUUUUGGUCAAAUGGAGAAAGAAAAAUGCAGUCUACAGCAAUCCGAGGUUCCUUCCCAGUGUAUUCCAGGAACUUUGUUCAAAGUUCAUUACAGUGAACUUAUCGGAAACCAUACUAUUAUUGGUCCAGUCUUGAAGACUCUCAACGCUCGAGACCACAACGAGUGUAAAGACGCCUGUUUUAUGAAUGUCCCUGAUGAAUGCUACAUGUUCAACUAUUACUCUCAAGAUAAAAAGUGUCAACUACUCUACAAAGAUCGCUUGUURGAUUACAAGGUGGUCAAAAGAAGUGGUUCUGCUUUCAAGACCAGAAAGUGCAAGAAAAACACGUGUAAAAACGGAGGUCUGUGCUAUUCGCUCGGUGACGUAAGUCACGUGGCCUGCAUAUGCAAGUCAGGAUUCUCUGGAAACUCCUGUGAAACUUCAACAACGGGAGCAGCAACAACUGCAGCAACAGAAACAACAGCGGCUGUCGAAACAACAAAAGCAGCGACAACAGCGACAGGAGCUGCAACAUCUGCAUCUGGAACAACAGGAGCUGAAAUUACCACAGCUCCCGCGACUGCAGCAACAACAGGAGCGCCAACAACAGGAGCGCCAACAGUAUUAACAAGAACAGUACCAGCAACAGCACCAGUAGUGACUGUAGCAGGGACGCCAGCACCAACAAAGGCAGGAGAUGUUUAUGUCAAAGUCAGCACCAGUAAAGUAUGCUACGGCACAAAGGACGAUUCUUAUGGACGUUUUACAGUCACUAAGAAUGGACGAAUCAGGACAUUCAAACUCGUUUAUGUCUCAGGGACCGGGCUUAAGAACGAGUUGCUAUCAUUUCCCGGUAAAUGGGGAACUGGCUUCGGACCAGUAUUAUGGAUCACUAGAAUAGAGACCCACAUCACUGACGCAAGCGACAAGAGAAUUACCCCACCCGUUGGUUAUACCCUGGAUGACUAUUUCGGUCGAAUGGGUUAUGAUGUACCAGGGUACAACUACAACACCGAUACACUGGUGUUUCCUUUUAUUUCUCCAACGAUGAAUGUGAAGGUCGGGGACAAGUUUAGAAUCUGGUACGGAGCAGAUUUGAAAAAUGCUUGGGAAGAUGACAAUUCAGGAGAGACAUGCGCAGACGUAUAUGCCUUGUACUCUGAAAUAAGUAUUUAAGACGACGACAUGUCAUGCUUACAAAAUGACAACCCCCAAAUCUAAUGCUCCAGUUUCGAAUUCAUAACAAAAAAA